UGUGCUGUGGUGGCAGCGGCCGUGGCCUCUUGUGUGGCUGUGCCACAGUUCAUCAGGGAGGAGAAUAUUACGUGGGAUAGCAGAGGGAGGUGAUAAUGCACCAUGGCAGUGGUCCUCAGAAUGUCCAGCAUCCGCUGCAGAGGUCCAGGUCCUUUACAGGCAGCGAGGAAGAGCAGCCGGCUCAUCCAAACCUGCCCCCAUCCCCUGCGGCACCCUUUGCUCCAUCAGCCAGCCCAUCUGCACCCCAGUCACCUGGGUACCAGAUACAGCAGCUGAUGAGCAGAAGUCCCGUGGCUGGGCAGAAUGUGAACAUCACCCUGCAGAACGUCGGUCCUGUCGUGGGAGGAAACCAGCAGAUUACACUGGCCCCCCUGCCGCUGCCCAGCCCUACCUCGCCAGGCUUCCAGUUCAGUGCACAGCAGAGGCGGUUUGAGCAUGGCUCCCCAUCAUACAUCCAAGUUACCUCUCCCCUAUCCCAGCAGGUCCAGACACAGAGCCCCACGCAGCCCAGCCCGGGCCCUGGGCAGGCCCUGCAGAGUGUGCGUGCUGGGGCCCCAGGCCCAGGGCUGGGCAUAUGCAGCAGCAGCCCCACUGGAGGCUUUGUGGAUGCCAGUGUGCUUGUGAGGCAGAUCAGCUUGAGCCCGUCCAGUGGCGGGCAUUUUGUGUUUCAGGAGGCACCAGGCCUCGCCCCGAUGGCUCAGGGAGCCCAGGUCCAACUCCAGCAUUCAGGAACUCCCAUUGUGGCCCGUGAACGGAGACUGUCCCAACCACAUGCACAGUCGGGAGGCACUAUUCAUCAUCUGGGGCCCCAGAGUCCUGCAGCUGCAGGUGGGGCCAGCCUGCAGCCCCUGGCCAGUCCAGGCCACAUCACCACAGCGAGCCUGCCACCCCAGAUUAGCAGCAUCAUCCAGGGCCAGUUGAUCCAGCAGCAGGCACUGCAGGGACAGCCACCGAGCAGACCUAUGGGAUUUGAGAGGGCUCCUGGCAUGCUGCUCCCUGGGGUCGGGGGGCCCUCGGCAUUCGGGAUGACAUCCCCUCCACCACCCACCAGCCCGUCCAGAACUGCCAUGCCCCCAGGCCUUUCCAGCCUCCCCCUCCCAUCUUCGGGCAGUUCAGGAGUGAAGAAAGUUCCCAAGAAGCUGGAGGAGAUCCCUCCAGCCUCCCAGGAGAUGGCGCAGAUGCGGAAGCAGUGCCUGGACUACCAUUACAAGGAGAUGGAGGUGCUCAGGGAGGCCUUCAAGGAGUAUCUGAUCGAACUGUUUUUCUUACAACAUCUUCAGGGGAACAUGAUGGAUUUCCUAGCCUUUAAGAAGAAACAUUAUGCCCCCUUGCAAGCAUAUCUUAGGCAGAACGAUUUGGACAUUGAGGAAGAAGAGGAGGAAGAAGAGGAUGAGGAGGAAAAAUCUGAGGUUAUCAACGAUGAGGUAAAGGUUGUGACAGGCAAGGAUGGGCAGACUGGGACUCCUGUUGCUAUAGCAACCCAGCUUCCGCCAAAGGUUUCUGCUGCUUUUUCAUCCCAGCAGCAACCAUUUCAGCAGGCCCUGGUGGGGAGCCUGGUGGUGGGGCCCGGCGCUGCGGCAGAGGUGGACCCCUUCCGGAGGCAGCCGGUGAUGCCACCCGCAGAGCAGUCUAAGCGACCUCGCCUUGAAGUGGGUCAUCCAGGGGUAGUUUUCCAGCACCCAGGGGUGAACGCGGGCGUCCCUCUGCAGCAGUUAAUGCCGACAGUCCAAGGAGGGAUGCCACCCACUCCCCAAGCCACACAGCUCUCUGGACAGAAGCAGAACCAGCAGCAGUAUGAUCCCUCCACUGGCCCCCCCGUGCAGAAUGCUGCCAGCCUGCACACCCCGCCGCCGCAGCUGCCCACCAGGCUGCCCCCAGCCAGCGUGCCUGCCGCGGCUCUGCCUUCUGCACUGCAGUUCUCACAGCAGCCACAGGUGGUUGACGCGCAGGGCCAGCUCCAGGUUCCGGUGAAGACCCAGCAGCCACAUAUCCCCAUCCCUGCGCCCCCUCCCAGCCAGCUCCCCACCCCUGCUUCCCAGCCUGUACAGCCAGCCCUCCACACUCAGAUGCCUGGGAAGGCACAGCUGCAGGUCUCUCAGCUUCCAGUCCAGCCCCAGACCAUGACAUCAGCUAGGCCCCCACUGGACCCUGCCCAGCCCUGCCAGAGGCCUCUGCCUACCUCAUCUUCUUCCUCAUCCCUCACACCUGUGAGUGCAUCAGGCCCGGGGCCCUUGCCUGCACGGUCCUCACCGGUGAACAGACCCUCCUCAGCAAGUAGCAAGGCGCUGUCUCCUGUUACCUCCCGGUCUCCUGGGGCAGCGGUGCCAGCCCCCCCCAAACCACAGAGUCCUGCACAGAACAUUGCCACAUCCCAGGACAGCCCUCAGGAGAAGCUGGCAGAGCAAAUAGCCCUGGAAAACCAGAUCCACCAGCGGAUAGCAGACUUGCGGAAAGAAGGCUUGUGGUCCCUGAGAAGGCUGCCUAAGCUGCAGGAGGCCCCACGGCCCAAGUCCCACUGGGACUACCUUCUGGAGGAAAUGCAGUGGAUGGCCACAGACUUUGCCCAGGAGAGAAGGUGGAAGUUGGCUGCUGCCAAGAAGCUUGUCAGAACUGUAGCACGCCAGCAUGCAGAGAAACAGCUUCGAGAGGAAAGGGGGAAGAGAGAGGAACAGAACAGACUGCGGCGCAUUGCUGCCUCUGCUGCCCGAGAGAUCGAGCACUUCUGGUCGAAUCUUGAGCAGGUUGUGGAAAUAAAACUGCAAGUAGAAUUAGAAGAAAAAAGGAAAAAGGCCUUAAAUUUACAGAAAAUUUCCAGGAGAGGAAGAGAGUUGCGAUCUAAGGGAUUUGAUCCACUGUCAGAACACUUCCUGGAUUCCGGACUUUCUGGAAGAAAGAGGAAAGCGAGCACAUCUCUGACAGAUGAUGAAGUGGAAGACGAAGAGGAGACCAUUGAAGAAGAGGAGGCACACGAAGGGGUUGUAGACCACCACACUGAGCUCUCUAAUCUGGCCAAAGAAGCUGAGCUGCCCCUCGUGGAUCUGGUGAAGCUGUAUGAAGGCGCCUUCCUCCCGGGCUUCCAGUGGACCCCGCCCGAGCCUGUCAAGGAGGAGUCAAGCGGAGACGAGGAUGUGGACGUCUGCCUGGGGGACAGGGAGACCCGCCGGGACCUGGUGCUCAUAGACUCUCUGUUUAUCAUGGACCAGUUCAAAGCUGCAGAGAGGAUGAGUGUUAGCAAACCCAACACCAAGGACAUCGCAGAGGUCACUGCUGUGGCUGAAGCUAUCCUGCCCAAGGGCAGUGCCCGAGUCACAACUGCGGUGAAGUUCAGUGCUCCAUCUUUGCUGUAUGGUGCCCUCCGAGACUACCAGAAGAUUGGCCUCGACUGGUUGGCCAAGCUCUACAGAAAGAACCUCAAUGGCAUCCUGGCUGACGAGGCUGGGCUCGGCAAAACCGUGCAGAUCAUCGCUCUCUUUGCUCACCUGGCCUGUAAUGAAGGUAAUUGGGGUCCGCAUCUUGUUGUUGUAAGAAGUUGCAACAUACUCAAGUGGGAACUGGAGUUGAAACGAUGGUGUCCUGGGCUCAAAACACUCUCCUAUGUUGGCAGCCACAGAGAACUCAAAGCAAAGAGACAGGAUUGGACCAAGCCGAACAGCUUCCACGUCUGUGUCACAUCCUACAAGCACUUCUUCAGGGGCUACGCUGCCUUCUCCCGUGUACGCUGGAGGUGCCUCGUCAUCGAUGAGAUGCAGCGUGUGAAGGGCAUGGUGGAGCAGCACUGGGAAGCAGUGUUCAACCUACAGAGCCAGCAGCGCCUGCUUCUGCUUGACGCACCCCUGCACAACACCUUCCUGGAGCUGUGGACCAUGGUGCACUUCCUCAUCCCCGGCAUCUCCCGGCCCUACCUGAGCUUUCCACUGAAGGCGCCCAGCGAUGAGAACCAGGAUUAUUAUCACAAGGUGGUCAUCAGGCUGCACAGGGUGACACAGCCAUUCAUUCUGAGGAGGACAAAGAGAGAUGUGGAGAAGCAGCUGACAAAGAAGUACGAGCACGUGCUGAAGUGUCGCCUCUCCAGCCGGCAGAAGGCUUUGUACGAGGACGUCAUCCUGCAGCCUGGGACUCAAGAGGCUUUGAAAAGUGGGCACUUCAUCAAUGUGCUGAGUAUCCUGAUGAGGCUGCAGCGCAUCUGCAACCACCCUGGACUCGUUGAGCCAAGGUGCCCGGACUCCUCCUACGUGGCAGCGGCUCUGCAGUACUGGUCGGCCUCACUGAUCCUGAAGGCCCUAGAGAGAGAUUUCUGGAAGGAAACUGAUCUUUCUAUAUUUGACCUCAUCGGAUUAGAAAAUAAAAUCACUCGCCAUGAGGCAGAGCUGCUAUCUAAGAAAAAGGUGACUCGGAAGCUGAUGGAGGAUAUCUUUGCCUCCCCACCUCCGCCGGCCCGGCCAGUAGCAGUGAAGCUGAAAGCCAGCAGGUUGUUCCAGCCUGUGCAGUAUGGCCAGAAGCCCGAAGGUCGUACCGUGGCAUUCCCCAGCACACAUCCACCCCGGACAGCCAACGUUAAUGCGACCGCUGCUGCCCCACAGGGCCCGGUUCGAGGGCGGCCGCCUAUUGCCACAUUCUCUGCAAACCCGGACAUGAAAGCGGCAGCAGCCCCGUUUCAGACUUCUCAGGCUUCCGCCAGUGCUCCUCGACACCAGCCAGCCUCGACCUCCAGCACAGCCACAGGCCCAGCCCACCCUGCGCGACUUCGGGCACAGACCGCUGCCCAGGCCUCUGCCGCAGGCCCGCCCCCGCCCCCACCCCAGGCGCCCUCGCUGGCGGCUGGGCAGAGCGCGCCGCCCCAGCGGCUGGUGCUCACCUCACAGGCUCAGGCCCGCCUGCCCAGUGGGGAGGUGGUGAAGAUAGCACAGCUGGCAUCCAUCACGGGGCCACAGAGCCGGGUUGCUCAGCCAGAGACGCCCGUGACUCUCCAGUUCCAGGGGAACAAGUUCACCUUGUCACACAGCCAGCUGCGGCAGCUCACGGCAGGCCAGCCCCUGCAGCUGCAAGGCAGCGUCCUCCAGAUUGUAUCUGCCCCUGGGCAGCCCUACCUGCGUGCACCUGGCCCGGUAGUGAUGCAGACCGUGUCACAGGCAGGUGCUGUGCAUGGUGCCCUGGGAAGCAAGCCCCCAGCCGGCGGCCCCAGCCCCACAGCCCUGACCCCACAAGUUGGUGUUCCUGGGCGAGUGGCAGUUAACACCAUGUCUGUUGGAGAGUCUGCGCUGGCCUCCAAGCCAGCCUCUCCCGUUGGAGGGCCAACCCAGGAGGAAAAGACGAGACUUUUGAAAGAACGGCUAGAUCAGAUUCACUUUGUCAACGAACGACGCUGUUCCCGGGCUCCGGUGUACGGCAGAGACUUGCUGGGGGUGUGUUCCCUGCCUGGCAGAGGGAGGAUGCCUUGGCAACUGUGUCUUGAUGGCAGCCUCAGGAAGGGCACAUGGCCAUCGAGCUCUUACCCAUCACCCUCAAAAAGUAAGGGAGGUCUGAUUUUGACCCUGAAUCAACGCCAGGAAUCUCUCCAAGAUGUUCUUGACAGGGUGGCCUGUGUGAUUCCUCCUGUGGUAGCUGCGCCCCCCUCUCUGUGGGUAGCCCGGCCGCCCGCCAGGUACCGCCGCAGACUGCGGGCCCUGCAGCAGCACCUGCGAGAGCACACUGCCCCCUAUCUGCGGCAGCUGCGGCAGCUGACCACUCUGCGCUCGUUGCAGUUCCCCGAGCUGAGGCUGGUGCAGUUUGACUCAGGAAAGUUAGAAGCACUGGCAAUCCUGCUUCAGAAGCUGAAGUCUGAAGGACGUCGGGUGCUGAUUUUGUCCCAGAUGGUCCUUAUGUUAGACAUAUUAGAAAUGUUCUUGAAUUUUCAUUAUCUCACCUAUAUAAGAAUUGAUGAAAAUGCCAACAGCGAACAACGGCAGGAGCUGAUGCGGAGUUUCAACAGGGACAGGCGAAUUUUCUGUGCCCUUCUCUCCACCCACAGCCGUGCCACGGGCAUAAACCUGGUAGAGGCAGAUACCGUGGUGUUUUAUGACAAUGACCUAAAUCCAGUCAUGGACGCCAAGGCCCAAGAAUGGUGCGAUCGCAUCGGGAGGUGCAAGGACAUCCACAUAUACAGGCUUGUGAGUGGCAAUUCCAUUGAGGAGAAAUUGCUGAAAAAUGGAACUAAAGAUUUGAUCCGUGAAGUGGCUGCCCAGGGAAAUGACUACUCCAUGGCAUUUCUCACUCAGCGUACCAUCCAGGAGCUGUUUGAGGUCUGCUCCCCCCUGGACGAUGCUGGCUUUCCGGUGAAAGCGGAGGAGUUUGUCGUGCUGUCCCAGGAGCCCUCUGUCAGCGACACCAUCGCGCCCAAGAUUGCGCGGCCCUUCAUAGAGGCCCUUAAGAGCAUUGAGUGCCUGGAGGAGGAUGCACAGAAAGCUGCAGAGGAGGCAGUGCCUGCGCCCGGCCCUGGACUGCUGUGCUCAGAUUCAGAGGACUCCAGAAAGGAUGAGGAGCCCUCGCAGUUGGAGGAGCUGGCUGAUUUCAUGGAGCAGCUUACUCCCAUUGAGAAGUAUGCUUUGAAUUACCUGGAAUUGUUCCAUACGACCAUCAAGCAAGAGAAAGAGAGAAACAGUGAGGAUGCCGUGAGGGCCUCUGUGAGGGCGUGGGAGGCACGUAAUACCCAGGCCCUGCAGGAGAGGGAAGCUCAGGUGCAGCGGGAGCAGGAGGAGGCAGAGCUGCUUACCUACACUCGAGAAGAUGCGUACAGCAUGGAAUACGUCUAUGAGGGUGCUGAUGGGCAGACAGAGGUUAUGCCGCUCUGGACACCCCCCACACCCCCCCAGGAUGACAAUGACAUCUACAUUGACUCUGUCAUGUGUCUGAUGUAUGAGACCUUGCCCAUCCCAGAAGCUAAGCUGCCCCCCGUGUAUGUGAGGAAGGAGCGCAAGAGGCACAAGACAGACCCGUCAGCUGCAGGCAGAAAGAAGAAACAGCGGCAUGGUGAGGCGGUCGUGCCACCUCGGUCCCUGUUUGACCGGGCCACACCAGGCAUGCUAAAGAUCCGGCGUGAGGGCAAGGAGCAGAAGAAGAAUCUGCUGUUGAAGCAGCAGACACCCUUUGCCAAGCCACUGCCCACCUAUGUCAAGUCCUCUGGGGAGCCGCCACAGGACAGCCCAGAGUGGCUUAUUGGCGAGGACUGGGCCCUGCUGCAGGCUGUAAAGCAGUUACUUGAGCUGCCCUUGAACCUCACAAUUGUGUCACCUGCCCACACACCUAACUGGGAUCUCGUCAGUGAUGUGGUGAACUCCUGCAGUCGAAUCUACCGUUCUUCUAAGCAGUGCCGGAAUCGCUAUGAAAAUGUCAUCAUCCCCAGAGAGGAAGGAAAGAGCAAGAACAACCGCCCUCUGCGCACAAGCCAGAUCUAUGCCCAGGAUGAGAACGCCACCCACACCCAGCUGUACACAAGCCACUUCGACCUGAUGAAGAUGACGGCUGGCAAGAGGAGCCCGCCAAUCAAACCUCUGCUUGGCAUGAACCCCUUUCAGAAGAACCCCAAGCAUGCCUCUGUGUUGGCAGAAAGUGGGAUCAACUACGACAAACCGCUGCCUCCCAUCCAGGUUGCGUCUCUCCGUGCAGAACGAAUUGCAAAGGAGAAAAAGGCUCUGGCUGACCAGCAGAAAGCUCAGCAGCCAGCAGUGGCACAGCCGCCCCCCCAGCAGCAGCAGCAGCAGCCACAGCAGCAGCAGCCCCCACCACCCCCUCAGCAGCCACCCCCAUCGCUGCCCCAGGCACAGGCCACUGGCAGCCAGCCACCAACAGGACAGCCAGCUGUCCCGCCCCAGCCACAAGCCCAGGCCCAGCCGCAGCCCGUGCAGGCCCCACCUAAAGGACAGCCUGCGAUCACAACUGUGGGCAGUGCUGCAGUGCUGGCAGGAACUAUUAAAACCUCAGUGACUGGCACAAGUAUUCCAACAGGCACCGUGAGUGGCAAUGUGAUCGUGAACACUAUCGCAGGUGUCCCUGCUGCCACGUUCCAGUCCAUUAACAAGCGUCUGGCAUCGCCUGUGGCCCCUGGAACCUUGACUACCUCGGGAGGCUCAGCUCCUGCACAGGUGGUCCACACCCAGCAACGAGCAGUUGGCUCGCCAGCCACUGCGACUACUGACCUGGUGUCUAUGGCAACAACUCAGGGUGUUCGAGCGGUCACUUCUGUGACAGCCUCAGCAGUGGUUACCACCAACCUGACCCCAGUGCAGACCCCGGCCCGGUCUUUGGUAACUCAGGUAUCCCAAGCCACAGGGGUGCAACUGCCUGGAAAAACCAUCACCCCUGCACACUUCCAGCUUCUCCGACAGCAGCAGCAGCAGCAGCAGCAGCAGCAGCCGCCGCCGCCGCCCCAGCAGCCGCAGCAGCAGCAGCAGCCACCGCCGCCCCCGCAGCAGCCCUCUCAGGUGCAGGUCCCGCAGAUCCAGGGCCAGGCCCAGUCCCCUGCUCAGAUCAAGGCUGUGGGCAAGCUGGCACCGGAACACAUCAUCAAGAUGCAGAAGCAGAAAAUGCAGCUGCCCCCGCAGCCCCCUCCCCCACCGACCCAGCCAGGACCCCCACAACCUCCAGCACAAGUGCAAGUGCAGCCCCAGCAGCCCCCGCAGCAGCAGAGCCCCCAGCUCACCACAGUCACCGCCCCUCGGCCUGGCGCCUUACUCACAGGCACCACUGUGGCCAACCUCCAGGUUGCGCGGCUCACCCGGGUUCCUGCUUCACAGCUGCAGGCGCAAGGACAAAUGCAGACUCAGACACCCCAGCCGGCCCAGGUGGCCCUGGCCAAGCCUCCAGUGGUGUCUGUCCCCGCUGCUGUGGUCUCUUCACCAGGGGUCACUACCCUGCCCAUGAACGUCGCAGGGAUCAGUGUGGCAAUCGGACAGCCCCAGAAGACAGCAGGACAGACCGUCGUAGCCCAGCCUGUGCACGUCCAGCAGCUGCUGAAGCUCAAGCAGCAGGCUGUCCAGCAGCAGAAGGCCAUCCAGCCUCAGGUCGCCCAGGGCCAGGCUGCCGUCCAGCAGAAGCUAACUGCGCAGCAGAUCGCCGCCCAGGGCCCACAGCAGAAGGUUGCCUAUGCUGCCCAGCCUGCCCUUAAGACCCAGUUCCUGACCACACCCAUCUCCCAGGCGCAGAAGCUGGCUGGCACACAGCAAGUACAGACACAGAUCCAGGUUGCAAAACUUCCUCAAGUUGUCCAGCAGCAGACACCUGUGGCCAGCAUCCAGCAGGUGGCCGCUGCCUCCCAGCAGGCCUCCCCACAGACGGUGACACUCACUCAGGCCACGGCGGCUGGGCAGCAGGUGCAGAUGAUCCCCGCGGUGACAGCGACUGCACAGGUGGUGCAGCAGAAGCUCAUACAACAGCAGGUGGUGACAACGGCCUCUGCCCCACUGCAGACCCCAGGUGGCCCGAGCCCUGCACAGGGGCCGGCCAGCUCUGACAGCCCUGGACAGCAGCCGAAGCUGCAGAUGCGGGUUCCUGCUGUGCGCCUGAAGACACCCACCAAGCCUCCGUGCCAGUAGGCAGGAGCCAGGAGUGUCACGGAGGUGGGUGGCAGGAAGUUGUUGCAGCAGGCUGUGGGCACGCCUGUGCCACAGGAAGAGCGCCCCUUCUUGCUGUGCGGCCCAUGCAGACGCGCAGUGGGGUGUUGUUGCCACCAUUUGCCCGGGUUUUCAGCACACAGUGCUUACCCCAGAAGCCAGGGCACGCACAGCUCCUGCACAGUCCAGUCCUGUCUGCCCCGAUCCAGUCUUUCACUCCUGAGCGGAACACAGCCUUAUUGGGCUGCCGGGAUGGGCUUUGCACUCUGAGGACCCCUGACAAACAAGCUUAGUUCCCACGCCCAUCCAAGUACCAUGACCAGCACCCAGGACACGUGGGAGGGCAGGGCCCUGAUGGGAGUUCAUUCCACAGUGAGCUGGGCUUCCAUGCAAAGUGUGCUGCUCCUGUUGGGUGUGUGUGUGAGGCCCAGUGCACUCAUCUCCACUGGGUUGCAGGUGUCAUGGGGCGCGUGCGGCAGGCGGGGUGGCCCAGCAAGAGCCAGGAGCCAGGCCACAGGUGCCUUGCUGCUGCUCGGCCCAGAGGUGGUCUGGUGGGCAGGCACACAGCGGCCAGUGCCGUCCACUGUCACCCACUGCUACACUCACUCAAAGGCCUGCUUCGGGGCUGCAGCCCAGCCUCAGCUCCUGCCUCUGCUUUCACCAUGCAAGGUAGCACAUGCAGUAUUCGCAGCCCUGAGGCUGCUAGUCGUCACAGCAGGCCCUAUCCAGCGACACCCCCCUGCAGUGGCCAUGGGUGUCAGGUCAGGCAGCUGGCCUCUUCCAGGGUUCUCCUGCCCAGGGCACUGCAAGUGGCCCACUUUGGCACUGUUUCCUCUGUCUCCAUCAGCUGCAGACUGUGGGCUGGAGCUCAUUUCGCAGCUUUUGAUGAGAAAUUAGGAAGAAGGCAAAAACAGUAUUAAAAGAGGCAGAGGGAUCCCCCACAGGAGUGAGCACCUGCCGGGCACUGUCCUCCUGGCAUCCUGCUGUCUGCACCACUCUGUGUCCCGCCAGUCAUCUGCCUGCACACUGCCGACCUGGAACGCAGGGGGGCGUGUGAGCGUUUCCCAAAAGCGCUUCAGAGAGCAGGCCAGGUUCUGCGAAUCUGCAGUGUGGCCAUCCCGUUUCCUCACUUGUCUUGUCUCAAGGGUGUCUCCAGCGAGUCCCCACAUGGAACCACAGUUGGGUGUUUCUCACCAGCACAGGCUGCUCCACCGCCCCGAGCAGGCCUCAGCACCUCCCGGGACUGCUCCUGCCCGUGCAUGCGUCGUGUCCUGCCUCCCCUUUCCCGGGGCGGGCCUAGUCAUGGAAGUAUCUUGAGCUGUGUGAGUCAGAGUUCGUGCCAUGCAGUGUGUCACAGUUGAGACCUGGAUGUCAUCUGAGGAACAGCGGCCAGUCACUGGUCACUCGUGAGCAUGUGCCCUGCAGGUGUGGGGACUGACCGAGCAGGGACUUUUUGCAGCUGCUGUUACUGUUUUUGUUCACUGUUGCAACUGGUAACUGUUGUGUCUCGAAAUGUAAGGAAGAAGUCUGAAUUUGUAAAUAUUUUGUAAACACACGCAUUUGUACUUGAAGAGUAGAUUUUAAAGGGCACUGAUGUCCCCCCAGACAAAAGGCAUAAUAAAGUGACC